AUGGCUGAGCCGAAACCCAUCAUCACACAAUCGACCGCCGUCAGAAGACAGACCGAGCCGAUAUCUCACACUUCCACAAAGCCCAGCACCGAUCCUGCCUCGUUCGUACGCUCAUCAGCUAAGCUAAGACCGAUAGUGUCGACACCAGCCUUCGCCGGACGUAUAGGUGGCAACCAGGAGUUCGUCUCUACCGAUAAUGCGCAGAUUGAGAAGCAACCAGAUGCCGCACCACUUCACCGCCUAUCUGACGCUCUGAACUUGAAUGUCUUUCUUGACCGUCAAAUCUGGGUCAUGGCGGUGAUUGAAGGCUGGGGAACUUGUAUACUGAUCUUCAUCUUCGGCGCUGGUGCAUCGGGGCUCACCAGCAUCGACGCAUCCCCACUCGCAAGCACGCUUUACGCCGCUCUCCUUAACUUCGUCGGUCUCACCCUCUUCGUAUUCGCCGCCGCGCCAGCAUCAGGAGGUCACCUCAACCCUAGCAUAACACUCGCAACGUUCUUUGCAGGUCUUUGCACCCUUCCUAGAGCCGUGCUGUACGUCAUUGCGCAAUGCGUUGGUGCCAUCGUUGGUAGCUACUGGCUCAAACUUGGCUUGGGCGAUGCUUACUUUCCCAGCGGUAUAAUACCGGGCUGCACGGUUGAUCCUACGCUUGUAUCUCGCGGCCAGCUGUUCGUGCUGGAGUAUAUGUUCUCCCAAGCACUCAUUUUCACCGCUUUUGGCGUGGGUCUCGAUCCACGGCAGGCGACUGUGUUCGGACCUGCUCUUGCGCCGAUCCUCGUUGGAAUGACAUUAGGCCUGGGUACGCUGGCGUCGUCGUUGGCGAAGCCUGGCUAUACCGGCUUGUCUUUCAACUCCGCCCGCUGCCUCGGUUUUAUGGUGGCCAAAGGUGACAUGCAGUACCACUACAUUCACUGGCUCGCUACGCUGGCUGCCACCAUGCUGAACGGCGUCUUCUACCACUUCGCACCUCCGUAUGUGCGUGGGAAGCCCCGCGCAGCGGUCGUGCCAUUGCAUCACGUGUGA